UGUUCUUCGCUUUCUUUGUUUCCGUUGCUAUUUGUUUUUCUCCCAAUUACGUAACAGAUGGAAUAUUACCAUUAUAUAUUAUUGAGUGGAGCUUUUGCUUUUAUAUUGAGUUUCGUUUGGCUAAUUUAUACCUCCUCUACUUCUAGAAGGAACAAGGAGGAGCUUCCCACCACACCUUCAAUGGCAGAUAACCAAACGGCUGACAGAGCUUUACAAAUGUCUCAAAACCGAAAAUGCCAGUUGUCAAAGAUGGCUGAAACUGCUGACAUAAUCAUCGUCGGUGCUGGAGUUGCUGGUUCAGCACUUGCUUAUGCUCUUGGGAAGGAUGGUUGGCAAGUGCAUGUAAUUGAAAGGGACUUGACUGAACCUGACAGAAUUGUUGGUGAAUAUCUACAACCUGGGGGUUAUCUGAAACUACUGGAAUUGGGUUUACAAGAUUGUGUAAAUGGAAUUGAUGCACAGCAAGUGUUUGGAUAUAUUCUUUCCAUGGAUGGGAAAAACUGCAAGCUUCCAUAUCCAUUGGAAAACUUCCAUCCGGAUGUGGCUGGGAGAGGGUUUCAUCAUGGGCCUUUCAUCCAAAAGUUGAGGCAAAAAGUUGCAUCUCUACCUAAUGUGAAGUUGGAAGAAGGGACAGUCGGCUCUCUGAUUGAAGAAAAGGGUACUGUGAAAGGGGUGAAGUAUAAAUCAAAAGCUGGUAACGAUCAGACUGCAAAUGCUCCCCUCACCAUAGUGUGUGAUGGUUGCCAUUCAAAUCUUAAACGCUCCCUUUGCAUUCCUAAGGUUGAUUUCCCUUCUUGCUAUGUCGGUUUGGUUCUUGAGAAUUGUGAGCUUCCAUUCUCAAGUCAUGGGCAUGUAGCUUUGGCAGAUCCUUUACCUCUAGUCUUUUAUCCAAUAAGUAGCAACGAAGUCCGCUGUCUGGUUGAUGUACCUGGCCAGAGAGUUCCUUCCAUUAGUACUGGUGAAAUGGCCCGUUAUUUGAAGACAGUAGUGGCACCUCAGGUUCCCCCAGAACUGUACACUGCUUUCUUAGCUUCCAUAGAAAAAGGAAACAUAAAAUCAAUGCCCAACAGAAGCAUGCCUGCUGCUCCUUAUCCCACUGCUGGUGCCCUUUUAAUUGGGGAUGCAUUCAAUAUGCGGAACGCUUUAACUGGAGGAGGAAUGACUGUCGCUCUAUCAGACGUCGUCUUGGUAAGGAACCUCCUAAGACCUCUGCACAGUCUCAAUGAUGCAUCUGCACUGUGCAAAUAUCUUGAAUCCUUCUAUACACUGCGAAAGCCUGUGGCAUCCACUAUAAACGCCUUGUCAGAUGCACUAUACAAGGUCUUCGGCAAAUCUACUGAUCCAGCAAGGGAGGAAAUGCGCCAGGCAUGUUUCGACUAUCUGAGCCUUGGAGGAAUUUUCUCAAGUGGACCAAUCUCCAUUCUGUCUGGUCUAAACCCUUGUCCAUGGUGUUUGCUUCUCCAUUUCUUUGCUGUUGUCACUUAUGGUGUUAUGCGCUUGUUACUUCCAUUUCCUUCACCCAAACGAAUGUGGAUUGGAGCCCGAAUGAUUUUGGGUGCAUCAGGAAUCAUAUACCCUAUAAUCAAAGCUGAAGGAGUUAGACAGAUGUUCUUCCCUGUAACUGUGCCAGCAUACCAUAGAACAACUCCUGUAAAUUUAGCAAAAGAGAACAAGAUACUGAAAUAAUUAUUAAGAAUGAAUGAAAGAAAUGGGUUUGCAAAGGCUUUUCUUUUCUCACAAGAAACCAGUUCUUCCAUCACUAAAGUCCAUCCUCCACAGGAAAAGUUUAAGUGGGCAUCAAUGGUUAAGGAGAAGAAUAUAGCAAAUGAGAUUCUGUAUAUAUAGAAGUGAGAAGAUAUCGCUGCCAUAUUGUUUUUAUAAUAUAUAUAUAUAUAUAUAUAUGUAUCAAAUGUUAAAAACUAUAUAAAUAUUUAAUGGAUUUUUAUUUGCUGUAUAUAUAGAAGUGAGAAAAUGAAUGUAUUUUAAACUCUAGUUUUCUGCUUAAGUAACUUUGAAACAUCCAUGAAAAGAAUGACAAAGUAGAAUUUGUCAGCUAAAUUUAAUUUAUUUCAAGAAACAAAUAUAUCAUUAAGGGCAUGUUUGAGAAGUGUCAAAGUUGAAAGGGAAAAUAAUUCUUGAGAUUUAGUUUUCUGGAAUUCAGUUUCCUCACAAUUAAUUUUUCUUUUAGUUUAUUUGGUAAAUAAUAGGAAAGUUUGGAUUUAUACAUAAUUAAUUUUAAAAUUGUAUAAUAAAUUAAGAGUGUGUAUUUUAAAAAAAUUUCAAAAUUAAUUUUUCUGGAAUUUUCAAAAUAAUACUUAUAUAUGUGUAACAACUUUUCUAUAUAUUUUCCUAGAUUGGUGGGAAUCUAAUUUCCUGAACCCAUAUUUUUCUACCUUACAAUAAACAUUCAAACAAAAAAAAUUAUCAUUUUUAUAAAUAAUUAGAUUCCCACUAAUUUUAUCUUUAUCCAAAUAUACCGUAAUAGUAAUUAAUUAAAUUCUAUAAACUCAUAUCAUACAUGACUCUUUUUAAUGCCAUAUCAUUUUUUUUUUCCCCUAAUGUUGCAUUCUUGAGGUAUUUUUAAUAAACUAAUAAAUACUAUAAUUUGCUUUCGAUGUUUAAAAGUAAUGAACUCUGAAUGUUUUUGUUAUUUAAAAGGAAUUAACUUAAUUUAAUUAAUGUCCUUUAUUUACACAGUAAAAAAAUAAAUAAAUAAACUGAAAUCAAUACGUUAUGCCAAAAGGAAUUAAAUAUAUUUAAUUUAUUUUUUAAUCAAUUAUUACUAUUAUAUUAUUAUUUAAGUCUAUAAUCUGUUUUUUUCUUUAUCUCAAAAAUAAAUUGUGAGAAACUGAAAAUGAUCCAAAUGGUAAGACUAGCCGGAUUUUAAAAAAGAAUUGAAUAAAAAAAUAAAAAUUUUAAAAAAUAAUAAUAAUAAUAAUAAAUGGUUUCAAUUUUUAAUUGCCCAAAAAAAUAAACAAAUAAAUAAAAACCCUUGUACAGAGAAAGAGAGAAAGAAAGAUAAAAAUAUCAUGCGAGAGGGUACAGUUUAGCGCUCGCUAGUCACCCGGCGGUAGGAUCUUCUUCCUCUGGAGUCUCACCUGGUGGGGGUGGGUUUUGUAUUUCAUUGACGAAACCAAAAUCCAAACCAACCAAACGAAAAAAUAAUAAUAAUAA